AGAUUCAACAAUAGCAAGUACUAAAAGUCUCAACAGAAGAGAUACAGAUAGCCACUAGAGAUUUUCUCCUACACGGACUUCAAUUAUUUGUUUGGCAAUAAGAAUAAAAAGGCUCUCAACAGCUUCUAUAAUUGAACUAGUGCCGUACACAACCCGUCUCCUCAUCCGUACACAACCCGUCUCCACGUCCACCACCUUGGAAGGAACAAGGAAGCAUCAAUAGUAACUGUUGACGUUUCGUUUUUCCUCAGGAGCUUCUACGAGGAAAAUUUCCUGUCCUGCUGCUUCUUCGGUUCUGUUGCAUCUUGCAAACACGUCCUCUCGUCCGCAUCUACUUCGAACGAGGUCCUUCACCUCCCUUCCAAAUCAAAAUGCUGGCCCGAGAAUCAAGGAAGCCGUCUGCUACAUCAGCCUCAAGGAGCUGGAAGCUCUUUCACAGUAGUUGCACGUCUUUUCUCCUGCUUCACUUCCUCCCUGGACGAAAUCUGCUUGGCGUCUUUGCGACACCUCAUACUGGUGCCACGUCGUCAGUCUUGUCAUCAUCUUCAAAUGGAAAUUCCCAACGCAACCAGAAUCAUGCAUCUACUUAUCCUUCAAGAAAUUACAAACGCCGUCCAUCUUCUACAUCUACGACAGGAUCCCACUCAUCUGACAUCGAUAUCAUGUUAAGCCCUAGAAGUCCAUCCACCACUACCACCACUAGUGCAACCUUGAGAGCCAAACACGUAGCAGCUUUACUCGCGAACACAAUGCCGAGACCGCGACCAGAACUUCCACGUGCAAAGAUCUGGAAACCACAGGAAAUGUUGACACGUGAAAGUACAGGGAAGAUGAGCUUUGGGACAGAAUCGACCGCUGUAGGAGACCUCGACAGCUCAAGUUUACGGCUACUCGCAGAAAUCCACCUUGUUCCCCAGCAUCGUGUGCCUGAUGUAUCCUAAGCAAAAAGGGGCACCAAGAUGCUUCUCAAGAUGGAUUUCUUGUAGCUCUAACACGCGCUCGUCGUAGCUCAGGAGUGUCGUCUUCAUCUGAGAGUGGUGGCACGAGAAGUCCGAUCAGUAGUAGUGAAAGCUUAUCUUCAUCGAGGACAAGGACACAAGGACGAGCAAAAGGAGGACGCCGUAGCCGAGCAAAAGAAGCAUCUUCUGUUGGAGGAAAAAGUCAUGCUUCUCUCCAAGACGCACCAGAUUCACUAGGAGAAAACAGCCAAAUCAUGGUGGGGAACCAGCUGAGGCUGCAUCCAGUAAAUGAUCCUAUGGAAAGUGCUGGUAGUGGAGACAGCUUUCACUUUGGAGAUACCGAUACGAACCGGAACAAGAAUCACAAGAGACGAGAUUCAUCUUCUGACUCCUUUUCUCUGCUCGAAGAUGGAAGACAGACUAUGCGCGGUCAUUUUUCGCAGGACUAUUUCAAAGACGCCUUUCCAGAAGCUGGGGUCGAUGCUCCCUUCGGGAGACAUGCGAAUCAUGUGGAUUUACGGUCGUCUGAGAUGAGAGGAAGUGCUAUUAAUAGUACUGCUUCAUAGCUGAGUGCUAGUAGUACUGCUUAGCUGAGUGCUAGUAGUUGUACUUCUAUUUAGCUGUGGUCCAAUUUGAUCUACUAACUUGUCAUGCGGCGUACUUAUCAUGUUAUCGUGCCCGUAGGAGCUGAUGUUGAUGAUAGAACAGAAGUUGUUGAGAUGUUGAUGUGUCGUGAACAACAUGAUUCUUUCCUUCCACUCCCAUAGUACCCUUUUGCUUUUCUAAGUGCUGCCAUCCAAAACGGCUUGCGCAUGUACGGUGACAGUAUGGGAACGGUGCCUCCUGUGCCAUCUGGUUUAGACCAUAUUAGUCCUCUACGUCUUAGCCCCGAGCCAAAAUCAACAACCCAAUAUUGGAGUGCUACUGAGGAAGACGGUUCGGAUCAUAGGAGGAGCAACCUGCGCGGUCGCGGUAGCAGUCCUUUGGAGCAACCGGGGGCUGAUGACUACACGGGACGUCGUGGAAGUGGACUAGUUUUCAACCCAUUAUUAAGGCUACCGCUGAAUCAUGUCCUUUACACCAUGAUCCUUGGCUCCUCUUUUUCAAGGGGGAAAGGGUAGAAGAUGCGACGCGGAUGAGGUCAGGAGGGAUGCGACGCGGUAGCUCUAACAUUAGAAUACGCCAUCCAAGCUGGUCAACAAGAUGGGGCUUUUAACCCAAAGUACAAAAACAAAAUGAUGGUCCCGGACUAUCAAGGACCACCAGUUUCGUUGUCGGAGAAAGUGAUUGCGGAAUUAGAGACGACACCCCAUAAUUCGCAGAACUUGUAUAGUGAACCGUGGUUAUGGCUGAGGCUGAUGGAGUCUAGAGGAGUUUUGUUUCAUGGAGAGUCUGAGACCAAGUUGAAGUAACCACUAGCGAUUGUAGUACUACCAUGUUCAAGAAGCUUGUCGCUGUCGUCUAGUGCUGGUGUCCUACUUCGUUGUAAGUAUACUUUUUCAUGUAGAACUUGACUUCUACAGCGGCCCUACCUUUCGCUAACUUCCUCCGCCCGUUGGAAAGCCAUUCAACGACUCGGGAGCGGCGCCUUUGGUGAGGCUUGGCUGGUCCAGAACCUCGCCAACAACGCUUUAGCAGUGAUGAAACGAAUCCCAAGGAAGGGAUACGAAGGACAGUAUUUAAGAUGGAGCGACUUUGGCGCCUCGAGUAUGCACAUUGACGAUGCGAUCGAAGGACUGAGGGAUGAGUGUGGUUACGGCGAGGGAUUCUGAUCGAAUUCUUGUAAUUCAAGAGAGUCUCUGAACUGCAGCAUGAGUGACACUAUCACACGACAUCGUCGAUUUCCUGCAUAAAAGCCAUAUGAUCCAAAGCAUGUUCGCAACUGCAAGUGCUAAAAGUAAGUACCCUCUUUUUCCCUUCCAGAAUCCAGCUAUACUAAUUGAUACUCAAUCUAACGCCUCUGGGCCGCUUCUCUGCAACGGUUUGGACAGAAGUUUCGAUAUGCUUCCCGAUUUUUAUUCAUGCAAUGCAUGGAGACGAACAUUGCUCCGAGAUUCGCCAGAACGCAUCCAGCUAGUCACCACGAACUGUACGUAAUCGUAAACUACGGAGGACAGAGAUUGGACAAGGUGCUAUCUUCGUGGUUCUAAGUAACAGUAAGUAAGUACGUAAUAUUAUUCAAUUGAUACAAUAGACUUAGUCUUCGAUCAUACCUCUCUUUCUCGGCUUUACUUCGAAGAAUUUGAAGGUCACUACAAGAGCAUCGGGAUAUGAUCAACCUCAGGUCGCCUUCACGACAAAGGAAGCCCUUCUUGGCGUGCUCUCCCAGCUCUCGAUGGCUUUGCACUAUCUUCAACUAUCUGGAAUCGUACACCAUGAUUUGAAGAGCGCAAAUAUUAUGUAUUCGGAGAAUUUGCCGAUGCCAGACAACAGUAAGCAGCUACAGGUGGACAGAAUUAAGGCUUCAAGAAUGAAUGAAUCUUAGCCAUCAACAUCUAAGUCGUAGGCGGCCUAUUUUUCAAGGGAAAAUGGACUCCAGGAUGCUCCGUAGGAUGGAUUUCUCCACGUUCUAACAGAAGGGGGCAUCAGUCGUCCGGCACGAACACGACUGCGCCAGUGGUUGGGCACGUCGUUGUGAUCGAUUUUGGUGGAAUGAUCAACCACAACGACUCGCCUGAAGUGUUUUUGUUAUGGCUUUGAUGAUUUUUUUUAGAAAGACCUUGAUGCAGUAGGAGUAAUACGAGUCGAGUUAAACGAAUAUCAAAAUGAUCAGACGUGCCUUCAUGAUCGUGAAAUAAAUUAAUAUUUAUAUAUUAUUCCACGAACAAGGUAUAUUCCACGUAUAACUUUAUUUUCGUGAUUGUCGUACCAGAGUGCAGUAAUUAUUAAACGGCGCGGCUCGUAUGUUAAUCAUGUUUGACAAAAGAAUCGAUAAAACCCUAGAAAGUGAAAGAUGUAGAAAAAGAAAACCAACAUCAAACAUAGUACUGCUACUGGUUCCUUUUCUAAUCCCGAACGCUCCCCAUACGCCUGGAUUCGCGCCAAAGGAGUUUGAUGACGCCAUCAGGGGUCUUGGGCGCGUAGAGAAACAGAGGAAUGGUCCUGCAUUUGAUACGUUUUCGAUGGCUGGCGUCAUGUCCGAGAUCAUUCUGGGAGAGAAUUUGAUUUUACGCCAUGCUUGAUGUCAAUGCAGAACUCUAGUACUGCUCCCCCUCCUACUUACUUAAUCGACGCAUGCUCUUCAAAAGUCGGGCCCCCCAACACAGGUAAGCACUCGUCAUCAAUAAUGCUAAUGGUUGUUAAUAUUAUGAUUGAGGGAUAAGCCUCCCCUGAGAUGGUGUAGUGGGUGGUGAUCCUCGACGAAGACGAUCCUCCUUUUGAUGCGACGAAGAUAUUAGCCUAACCAUUUAAUUAAUGAGUUUAAAAUCGCGGCGCAACAGCGAUCUCCUCCUCUAAUCCCCUACCGUUUCGUCCAAACCGGACGUUUUGGCCGCCUGCCCUUCAAGGUGGACUGGCGCGGAUGGAACACUCUUGUUGGCGACGCGAACGCCUUCAAGAACUUCGUCUUCCACGUUGCACGAAAUGCGAAGACGAAUGCUGCGAUCUUAUGGAUACAACAACGCAAUUCUAAGUAGAGAACUAGAAAUACAAGAGAGCGUUAAUAGAAGUAGAAGUCUUUUCAUCACUUCUACAACCUCACUCCUCUAACCCUCAGAGAACGCCUGCUCCGCGAAAUCGACAUUGAGAGACCGAAAUUCUUUGACUGGUGGCGUCAGAUGUGGAGCGUCGUGAUUCAGACCCGCGUAGAAGCCGCUGAUGGCAUGUGGAAGAUGCUGAAUAAUGUAGAGGAGGGGUAGAGGAUGGCUGCACUUCAUCUUCAUAACGGCUUAACGUGGUACGUAAAGAUAUUGCCCAAAAAGCUUUUUAUCUGGUUUCUCGCUCUCCCUUUUUUGUUCUUCCUUACAAUGUACUGAUUGAUGCCGUCGUUAUGUAGUAGAUACCUCCCAUGUAGUUUCAGUGUCAACAUGUAGUAGAAAAUCUUCUUGGCCUAUUGCUCUUGUUCUUGUUACCUCCUGCUGCUUGUCGAAGAAGUCUCUGUGUCUGUCCAUCUUUUUUGCCUAUAGCUCAAACGUUUCUGUAAAACCUGUACCUGUGUCUUCGACAACGCUCCUCACAUACCCAUCAUGCAUUUACACUGCUAACCUAUGUCUCUAAUUGCCAUCUUCGUUGAAUACAAGAUAAUUCGUCAGCCCCUACAACUAGCAAUAAUGAAUUUGCAGAAUAUGGUACUGUACUCUCACAUGAAGAUGAAACUGAAGUACUGUGUUGAAUAUGCCAGCAGGAGAUCAUGCAGAUGUUUCUAGAUAAAACAAGAUCAUGGAUGUAACUGCAUGAAGAUUGAUAAGAUGUUGAAGAAUCUAGAUGUAGCAAUACUCAACGAAGAUCAACAUAACAACCUGUCGCAAUACUAAAUUAGCUUUACCGUCAGAUUCGUCUUCGUGUCUAUUAGGAGUUGUUCAACAAUCAACAUACCUCUACAUAAUCGUCGUGGUCCUCAUCCACAAUCUCAUAUGAAUCGUCCUACAACAUAGAAGACAUUGACAUACAUGGUGAUAGACUAUAAAUGCUAUUAUAGCAUUAGUUGUUCUUUGAAUUACAUAGAAAUCCACAUGGUUCGUCAAUAUGCGUUUGUCGUCCAAUUUCAUAAAUUUCGGAAAUUCUGAAGUCUGCUAAACUCAAACCAAACCACUUUUUCCCACAACAUAGGAUCCACAGACAAAGAUUUUUGUGUCUAUCUGUUGUUUGCAAAACUCAAAGGUGAAAACCCAAAGGUGAGCACGAGCAGCACCCACAAAACGCCAGAGGGCAG